AGCGGGGCGGCACCGGGAAGGGAACCGGAGGCGCCUGCGCCGCCGACGUUGCCGGAAGGUGGCGGCGGGUGCCGGGUGAGGAGGGGUUCGCGCCGCGGGUCUGGGGCAGCAGCAAAAUGCUGCCGACCACUGCGGUGAAUUCCCGGAGCCAGGGCAACGGCGUGCUGAGCCCCAGGGAUGCUGCCAGGCACACCGCCGGGGCCAAACGCUACAAGUACCUGCGGAGGCUCUUCCACUUCCGACAGAUGGACUUCGAGUUUGCCCUUUGGCAGAUGCUUUACCUCUUCACCUCACCCCAGAGGGUUUAUAGGAACUUUCACUACAGAAAACAGACGAAGGACCAAUGGGCGAGAGAUGAUCCCGCUUUCUUAGUGCUUCUCAGUAUCUGGCUCUGCGUGUCUACGGUGGGAUUUGGAUUUGUGCUGGACAUGGGUUUUUUUGAAACAAUAAAGCUGUUACUUUGGGUUGUAUUCAUAGACUGUGUAGGUGUUGGCCUCCUGAUUGCAACUCUGAUGUGGUUCAUUUCUAAUAAGUACUUGGUGAAGCAGCAGAACAGAGACUAUGACGUGGAGUGGGGAUACGCCUUUGAUGUUCAUCUGAACGCUUUCUAUCCACUUCUAGUCAUUUUGCAUUUUAUCCAGCUGUUUUUCAUCAACUAUGUCAUCAUAUCCAAUUCUGUCAUCGGGUAUUUUGUUGGGAAUACAUUAUGGCUGAUUGCAAUUGGCUACUACAUCUAUGUGACAUUCCUAGGAUACAGUGCAUUGCCCUUUUUGAAGAACACAGCUAUUCUUUUGUAUCCCUUCGCACUUCUCAUCAUGCUCUACUUGAUCUCAUUAGCCUGUGGUUGGAACUUCACCAAGAUGCUUUGUUCCUUUUAUAAAUACAGAGUGAAAUAAAACGGGGACUUCAUGUAUGUAAUGUUUAUUUUGUUUUUAUCUUAGCUGUCUUGGCAGUAAAGAAAAAGUUAAGAACAUUUUGUAAAUGGUUGUAAAUUUCUCUUUAUUGUAGAUAAUUGUGUAAAAAAGUUUGAAGUGUCCUUUUUUUUUUUUAUUAAAAUAUUUACAACA